AUGUCAAGAGCAAUAGCUGCUCUUGUGACUGUUUUCCUUACAACAAUUGCAAGCUCUUUUAAUUCGGGUAUUCUUAGAAGAGAAGCCUAUCUUUCCAAAAGAGCCGGCGCCUGUUACUCUCCGCCCCUUGACACUGACAAAUGUGUCGACUGUUCUACCAAUGCUGAUUGUCAGAAUUGUGGCCCCUAUACUUAA